AUGGCCGACUCUGUCUGCUCGUCCGUCCCCGUCUCGACCGUCUUUUCGACCCGCACUCGCGCCGACCGCGUCGCCGUCACCGAGACGAGCCUCGUCCCUCAAGUGACCCAGGUCGUCUCGACUACGCUCUACACCGGCGUCGUCCGCGGCGUCACCAUCACUCGCGAGCUUGAAGCCACCGAGCUCGUCACCGUUACCAGCACCGUCGCUAUUCGAGGCGUCUCGACAACCCUCGUUCUCGAGUCGGAGCCCAUCUCGACCGUCUUCUCGACGACCUGCAUCGCGCCUUCGACCACGUCCUCGUCCGUCCUGCCCUCCUCGACUACGUCCAGCACGACCACAGCCAGUUCGAGCACGACGACGAGCACCACCUCCUCGACCACCACGACCUCGACGACGCCCAGCUCGAGCAGCACCUCGACCUCGACCAGCUCGUCGACGACCACGACGCCGCCGCCGCAGUCGACCAGCAUCUCGACCGUCGUCGUUGGGCCCUCAUCGUCGUCCUCUUCCUCGGCGCGCUCGAGCGCGACUGCGCUCUCGGGCUCGGGCGGCUCGGGCUCUGGCAGCUCGAGCAACGUCGGCGCCAUCGCAGGCGGCGUCGUCGGCGGCGUCGUCGGCCUCAUCGCGCUCGUCGCCCUCGUGUGGCUCCUCAACAAGAAGAGCCGCAACCGCAAGCUUCAGCGCGAUUUCGACCCGUUCACGUCGGGCAGCGACCCGUGGGACCCGAACGGCGCAAACGGCGCCGGCGCCGGGUACGCUGCGGGUGCGGGUGCGACGGGCGCCGCGGUGGGUGCAGGUGCGGCCGCAGCGGGUGCGCGCACGUCGCGUCGCUUGACUCGAGGCGGUGGUGGGCACGGCAAGUACGCCGAGGCGGGCGAGAAGGACGGCGCGAGCGCGUUCCCGGCGUACGCCCCGCUCGCCGUCGACGGCUCGCCUCGUCGCGGCGGCAACAAGGUCGCCGCCGCCGACGAGCAGGACGCCUACUACGCCCACGUGCCGUACUCGCACGGCGGCGCGGCGCGCGACGACGGCAUGUCGGCCUACGCCUACACCGAGUCGGGCGGGCUCGACCGCCAGGCGAGCUUGUACGACCGCGCCGGCGCCGCGUCGGCCGCUCCUCAGCAGCAGCACGAGUCGGCCCCCUACGCUGCACUCGGCGCGGCGGCGCUCGGCGGCGGUGCGGCGGCAGCGGCGGCCGGCCACCGCCAGUACGACCAGCAGCCGCAUCACGAGCACCAGCGCACGCCGUCGGCCGGCGUCGGCGCAGGUGCCGACACGUACGGCGGCGGCGGUGGGCUCUACGGCCGCGAGGGCGGGUAUGCCGCCGCCGCCUCGGCCGGCCAGCAGCAGCAGCCCAAGCAGCAGGCGGCACCGUACGGCCAGCCCGGCUCGUACAUGCAGUACCCGUCGCAGUACCAGCCCUACUCGUCGGCGCAGCCGUCGUACCCUCCCUCGGCGCCGGCAGGUGCGCCCUCGCCGCCGCCGCAGCUCGCCCCGCUCCCCGGCAUCUCGUACCGCGCCCCGUCGCCCUCGUCGCCGACCCGUCCGAGCGACGCUCUCCCGCUCCCGGGCCAGCAGCAGCGGUACUCGCUCUCGGAUCGGCCCAUGCCGCCGUCGGCGCUCCAGCCUGGCGGUGGCGGCCCGCUCAGGGUCGUCAACGAGGGCGGCGAGGACGACGAGCGCGCUCGGUUCGGCGCCAGGGCGGCCGACAUGGACGCGUACGGCGGUCUCGACGACGGGCUCCCGUACACUCGGAGGUAGGUGACGCGUCGUCGUCGCCGCCGACUUUCCCUCGUUCCCCGCACGGACCUUGUCCUUGCCGUCCCCUCUUUUGGUCUAGCUCUCCCCGUCACGCUCUCUCUCUCUCUGUGUGCGCUCCCACUAUCUCUCCCUUACGACCAGACACUUGUUGCGACUGUAACGAUGCGCUCCUUGAACCUUC